GCAAGAGCCUCGGUAAACGUACGGAAUUCUGAGCUUGCUCCAUUUCGAGGAAGGCGAUCAUCGGAGGAAGGUCGAGCCGGCAAUCUCGAGUCGAGCAACGGCCAUACCGCGAUGCCGGUGACGACGAGGCGCGCCGCGGCGGCAGCUGUGGCGGCGCCGGUAGAGGAGGAGGAGGGGCGCGCCGCGGCGAUCGACAUCUCCUCCGAUUCUGACGCCGGAUCUGAGUCGGGGUCAGAGGAGGAAGACGAGGGCUCCAGCACCGACGAGGACUACAUCGACAUCAGCGACUCCGACAGAGGCGGCGGCGGCAGCACUGGGAGCGAUGAGGAAUCGGAGGCGGAGGCGGAACAAUCGAUGGUGGAUCGGGGCGAGGCUGCCUGCAGAAGAAUCGCCGAUCUCCUCCGCGCGGGAAAAAAUCUGGAUGGGAUUAAGCUGGUUGAGUGCAAAGCAUAUCUAAAGAAGAACGGCCUUAGCCAAACUGGGGACAUGGCUACCUGCGUAGAAAGAAUAAUUCUGCAUUGGAGGUGCAAGUAUGAGGAUCCAGAGAAAAUUUAUCCACGUUCAUCCUUUUGUAUUAACUGUAAAGGUGAUGUCUGUAGAGGUGAUGCAGUUUUAUUCAAGCAGAAGGUUUACGAGAAAAGUGGAAAACGGCAUUCAAAAUGUAUAGGAAAGCGAGUUGUAGCUGGGAGAGUUAUUAAGGAAAGUUACGGAAAAGAAAAACAGCAGCACACUUUUACUGUCCAAGUUUUCUGGAGCAAAGGAGUUGGCAAAUUGCCACCUUUAUGUCUGCUGCUUGUCAAAGGGCGCAAUCUCUACAGAAUGAUGACUUUCCGUCAGCUUUGGGGAAAUGAAGUAGAUAGAUUGAAGACUCUAGAUGAGAAGCACAGCAGGGGAGAUGCUGCAAGGCGUGUUCGUGCAUUGCGUAGACCUGAUGCUGCAGGAAACGGCAAGAAAUCGACGCAAAAUGGAAAACAUCAAUCUCAACCAGGACGGCGUGAUAGUGGAACGAAUAUCAAUAAAGGCAAUAAACGUAUUAUGCAGUCCUCCAAUCCUGAUCUGCCAACCAAAAGAUCAAGGAAUGAAGAGAACCUAGUGUCUUCCACAAAACAGUGCACUGGUGGUCGGAAGGCGAAGACAGAUCGUGCCUGUCUGGUCAAAAACGACUGCACUACCAGAGUUAGGAUGAGAGAAAGGAAAGCUGAUUCCCAGCAAGAUCUCACUGGUGGCAGUGGCAGCCAUGCUCAAUUUGGAGAAAGGUAUGCAGGUUCAGGUUCUAAUACUCAGCCAGCCAUAUGUCGUGAGCAUAUGGUUGGAAUGCAGCAGCCUCACUAUGAGAUCAUGAGGCCCCAGGGGGCACCUCCAUUCCGUGAGGUUGGCAACGCCUGGCAACCUCACAUAGACGGCAGAUCAGCAGCAUGUCCACAUCCCAGAAUGGGUUUCCAGCACCGAAAUGCAGCAUUGCCCGGUUGGCAUCCACCUGCUUAUUCUAUGGGAACCUUGCCGAAUCAACCUGGAGCAUCAUUUGCAUCAUCCGGUGUGCCACAAACUGUACACCGUCCUCUGAAUCAGUUUGGAUCAUCAUUUGCAUCGUUCAAUGUGCCGCAACCAUUAUACCGUCCUUGUCCAGAAGGACAUGCGAUGCCGCACUUCAGAUAUUCUGGUGGUAGCAAUGGCUUUCCUCGGUAGGGGCCCUAGGGCAGAUUUGGCAGAUGGCCCAGGUUGCAUCCUUGAAGACCGCAUCGGUGACCAGAAGCACCGAAAGCAUGAUAUCGUUUGCAGUUUCGUGAAUGUCAAUUCAUUAGCGAGCAACAUAUCUGGUCAGCUCGGUAAAAUGUGAAGGCCAUCUGAAGGAUUUGGCUCUGAUUUUGCAGAUUCUGUUGGGAACAGCAUCGGUAUUGUUGAAAUAUCUGGUUAGUUCGGUAAUAUGUGAACGCUAACCGGAGGAUUUGGUUGUGAUCUCGCAGAUUGUGUUGGAAAGGCAUCGAUAUUAUUGAAUGACCACUGUAAUUGCCAUCUAACAGAAGUAAACAUAUCACAAAAUACGUAUAUUAUGGCUAAAGAAAAAAAAAUCUCAAAGGCCUGUUUUGAAACCAUUUCUCAGUUUACAGAAAUG